UAAAAGCAGCCAGUAGUUUCUUCUCACCGCUCAUUCUUCUUGAGCCUGACCAGAGGAGCUCUUCAUCGUCGUCAUUAUCAUGGCAACCCCAUUUACAAGCCCCAGCUUCACUUCCUCCUCCUCAACCCUGUGCCUUGGCAGCUCCCGAGUGGCCAGGAGCGUGUAUGGAGGAGCUGGAGGGUCUGGAGUGUGCAUCUCCACCACCAGUUCCGGCUUUAAAGGUGGCUUAAAUCUUGCCAGUGCCAUUGAUAUUCCAGCUAAUGAGAAGCAGGCUAUGCAGAACCUGAACGAGCGUCUGGCCUCCUAUCUGGAUAAGGUGCGUUCACUGGAGAAAGCCAAUGCUGACCUGGAGUACAAGAUCCAUCAGUUCCUCGAGAGCAAAGCCUCGCCCAAGGCCCGGAACUACUCUGUCUAUUUUGCCACCAUCAGAGAUCUUCAGGCCAAGAUUCAGAGUGCUAUGACUGUGAAUGGAGAACUGUACCUCAACAUCGAUAACGCCAAACUUGCUGCUGAUGACUUCAGACUAAAGUAUGAGAAUGAGCUGGCCAUGAGGCAGUCUGUGGAGGCUGACAUCUCCGGGCUGAGGAAGGUUCUGGAUGACUUUACGUUGGACAGAUCGAAUCUGGAGUUGCAGAUUGAGGGUCUGAAAGAGGAACUGAUCUAUCUGAACAAGAACCAUGAGGAGGAGCUCCAGUUGGCCCAAUCUCAGAUGAGUGGACAGGUGAACGUGGAGGUGGAUGCUGCACCACAGCAAGACCUGACAGCAAUCUUGGCUGGAAUCCGGGAGCAUUACGAAUCCGUGGCCACUAAGAACCACAAAGAAAUUGAGGCCUGGUUCCAGACCAAGAGUGAAGCAUUGAACAAAGAGGUGGCCAUCAGCACAGAAACACUCCAGACGUCCAGAUCUGAAAUCACAGAGGUCAAGCGCACACUUCAGAGUCUGGAAAUCGAACUUCAGUCACACAUUAGCAUGAAAGCGUCUCUGGAACACACUCUGACUGAGACACAAAGCCGCUAUGCACAAAUGCUCGCCGGCUAUCAGGUUCAGGUGAUGAGUCUGGAGGAGCAGGUGGGGCACAUUCGUGCUGAUCUCGCACGCCAAGCUCAGGAGUAUCAGAUGCUGCUGGACAUCAAGACCAGACUGGAGCUGGAGAUCGCAGAGUACAGGAGACUGCUGGAUGGAGAAACCACCACCAUCACCACAACCAGCUCGAGCCUCACCAAUCGAAAGGUGGUGAUCGUCACAGAGGAAGUGGUGGAUGGGGUAGUGGUCAGCUCCUCCAGUACUACUGAGAGCAAAACUAUCACCAGUUAAAGAUCCUGAAGCUCCAUACAGUGAGGAGAUGACUUCAAGCCCCAUGAUGUUUCCUCGAUGCUCAGAGAAAAUAUAAAGUCAAGUCAAAGCAGUUCACGUGUCUGGUGUUGAUUUUGGAUUCCAUCAAAUAAUCCAGAGCUAGCUCUAUAAUAAUUAGCUACAUGUCAAUACUUUUUAUAGAU